GCCCCUCCACCUGCGCUGCAGCGCGACCCCGGCCGCCGCUCUCUGCCUGCGGCUCGGCCCUGCGCGCCGGGACUGGACCCCCCAGCUCCCGGGGCUGCCUCCCUCACCCCCCUGCCCAGGGGCUGCCUCCCUCCGCGCUUCUCCCCGGGCGCUCUGCAGGCUGGGCGAUGGAUCGCUCCUGUAUUUCCGACAUUAAGUGUCCCCCCUUGAAAGAGGCUAAGUCACCGGGCAGCAAAAAUGCCCCCCAGUAACCAGACUCGAGUUUUGCUGCUGAACGCCAUGGAAAAGCGGGAGAAGACCCUCUUCAGGCUUGAGCAAGGUUUUGAACUGCAGUUCCGACUGGGCCCAACAUUACAAGGCAAGCAUGUUACAGUGUACACUAAUUACCCAGCUUCUGGAGAAUUAUUCUAUCGCCGCAAGUUCAGGGCACUGUCAUGGCACAACCCAACAGGAAAAGAAGAUGAUUCUGACAAAUACUGUAAACUGGAUCUCCAAAUUUCUGGAUCAUACCAGUAUUAUUUCAGUCAUGAAAAUGAGAAAAGUGGUGGAGGUUACAUAGUUGUGGACCCUAUUUUGCGUGUUGGAGCUGAUAAUCAAGUAUUGCAUUUGGACUGUGUUACACUCCAGACAUUCCUAGCUAAGUGUCUGGGACCAUUUGAGGAAUGGGAAGAUCGUCUUAAAGUUGCAAAAGAAUCAGGUUACAACAUGAUUCAUUUUACGCCAUUGCAAAAACUUGGAUUAUCUAGAUCAUGCUACUCUCUGGCUGAUCAGUUAGAAGUAAAUCCUGACUUUUCAAGCCCAAAUAAAAAGUGUACUUGGAGCAAUAUAGGAAACCUAGUGGAAAAAAUGAAAAAUGAAUGGAAUAUGCUUUGUAUAACAGAUGUAGUCUACAAUCAUACUGCUGCUAACAGCGAAUGGAUUAGGGUGCAUCCAGAAUGUGGUUAUAAUCUUGUAAAUUCUCCCCACCUGAAACCAGCCUGGAUAUUAGACAGGGCUCUCUGGCAUUUAAGCUGUAGUGUGGCUGAAGGGAAAUACAGAGAUAAGGGGCUGCCUCCUUCAAUUGAAAAUGACCAUCACCUGAAUUGUAUCCGUAAAAUAAUUUGGGAGGAUAUUUAUCCCAAGAUAAAACUAUGGGAAUUUUUCCAAGUAGAUGUUAACAAAGCUGUGCAGCAAUUUAAAACCCUUCUGACUCAAGGUAACAGGCAAACUAAAUCUGAUCCAAACCAACAUCUUCAAAUAAUUCAGGAUCCUGAAUAUAAGCGACUUGGCUGUACUGUAGACAUGAAUAUCGCAUUGGCAACAUUCAUACCACAUAGCAAUGGGCCAGCUGCAAUAGAAGAAUGCUGUAACUGGUUCCAAAAGAAAAUUGAAGAAUUAAAUGCUGAGCAGUUGCAGCAAACUGCCUACCAUCAAGAACAGGCAGUCACUUGUCUUCUGGAGACUGUGGUUUAUGAGAGACUGGCUGACCAUGGUCCUAAACAUGGUUCUAUUAGUAGGAAAUACCCUUUAGUUACCAGAUACUUUACUUACCCAUUUAAAGAGAUGGCCUUGGAAGAAGAAGAACUUCUGAUGCAUCAGCCUGAUAAAGCUUGUCACUUCUUGGCUCAUAACGGUUGGGUAAUGGGAGACGAUCCUCUGAGAAACUUUGCUGAACCAGGUUCAAAUGUUUACCUAAGAAGAGAACUUAUUUGCUGGGGAGACAGUGCCAAACUGCGCUAUGGAAAUAAACCAGAAGACUGCCCUUAUCUGUGGGCACAUAUGAAAAAAUACACUGAAAUUACUGCCAAAUAUUUCCAUGGAGUACGUCUUGACAACUGUCACUCAACCCCUCUUCAUGUAGCUGAGUACAUGCUGGACACAGCUAGAAAACUGCGUGCUGAUUUGUAUGUAGUGGCUGAGCUGUUCACAGGAAGUGAGGAGUUGGACAAUAUCUUUGUGACUAGAUUGGGCCUUAGCUCCUUAAUAAGAGAGGCAAUGAGUGCAUAUAACAGUCAUGAAGAGGGAAGAUUAGUUUACCGCUUUGGAGGAGAACCAGUUGGGUCUUUUGUUCAGCCGCGUUUGAGACCUUUAAUGCCAGCUAUUGCACAUGCACUGUUCAUGGAUGUUACACAUGAUAAUGAAUGUCCUAUUCAGCACCGAUCGGCGUAUGAUGCUCUUCCCAGCUCAAUGAUUGUGUCCAUGGCAUGCUGUGCUACAGGAAGCACCAAAGGCUAUGAUGAGCUAGUACCACACCAGAUUUCUGUAGUCUCUGAAGAGAGGUUUUAUGCCAAAUGGAAUCCAGCAGCAACACCCUCUACUCCUGGUGAAGUUAAUUUCCAAACUGGAAUUAUAGCAGGAAGGCUAGCCAUGAACAGGCUGCACCAAGAGCUGGGAGCCAAAGGCUUCAUUCAGGUGUUUGUGGAUCAAGUUGAUGAAGAUAUAGUAGCAGUGACUAGGCAUUGUCCUAACACACACCAAUCUGUUGUGGCUGUGUCUCGUACUGCUUUCAGAGAUCCUAAAACCUCCUCCUACAGCAAAGAAGUGCCUCAAAUGUGCAUCCCAGGCAAAAUUGAAGAGGUGGUGCUUGAGGCUAGAACGAUUGAGAGAAAUGUUAGUCCUUAUAAAAAAGAUGAGCAUUUUAUCAACGGAUUACCUAAUUACACAGUAGAAAUCAGAGAACACAUCCAGAUCCGAGAAAGUAAAAUUGUAAAGCAAGCUGGAACUGCCAUAAAAGGUCCCAAUGAAUUUGUUCAAGAAAUAGAAUUUGAAAACUUAACACCAGGAAGUGUGAUAAUAUUCAGAGUUAGUCUCGACCCAAAGGCACAAGAGGCUGUCGGUGUACUCCGUAAUCACCUGAUCCAGUUCAGUCCUCAUUUUAAAUCUGGAAGUCUUCCCGAUGACCGUUCAGCACCUAUAUUAAAAAAUCUUUUUUCUUCUAUUGCUUCUAAAUUAACCUUGGCUGAUUUGAAUCAAGUACUGUAUCGGUGUGAUGCUGAGGAACAAGAGGAUGGUGGAGGAUGUUAUAACAUACCAAACUGGUCACCCCUUAAGUAUGCAGGCUUGCAAGGAUUAAUGUCAGUGAUGGCAGACAUUAGACCAAAAAAUGAUUUGGGUCAUCCUUUUUGUGGUAAUUUGAGAUCUGGGGAUUGGAUGAUUGACUACGUCAGUGACCGUCUAAUUUCACGUGCAGGAGCCUGUGUAGAAGUCGGUAAAUGGUUGAAGGCCAUGUUCGUCUACCUAAAGCAGAUUCCACGUUACCUUAUCCCAUGUUACUUUGAUGCCAUAUUAGUGGGUGCAUACACAACUCUUCUAGAUCUGGCAUGGAGUCAGAUGUCUAGUUUUGUUCAGAAUGGAUCAACAUUUGUUAAACACCUUUCCUUGGGUUCAGUCCAGAUGUGUGGGAUAGGAAAAUAUCCUUCUCUGCCAAAUCUGUCUCCUGCUUUACAUGAUGUCCCCUAUAGGAUGAAUGAAAUCACAAAAGAGAAAGAACAGUGCUGUGUUUCCUUAGCAGCUGGUUUGCCACAUUUUUCAUCUGGCAUUUUCCGCUGCUGGGGAAGGGAUACCUUUAUUGCACUGAGAGGUCUAAUGUUGAUUACUGGGCGUUAUUUAGAAGCAAGGAACAUAAUUUUAGCAUUUGCUAGUACCAUGAGACAUGGUCUUAUUCCCAAUCUGCUUGGCCAAGGGACCCAUGCCAGAUUCAAUUGCCGUGAUGCUGUGUGGUGGUGGCUUCAGUGUAUACAGGAUUACUGUAAAAUUGUUCCAAAUGGCACAGACAUUCUCAAGUGUCCUGUUUCCAGAAUGUAUCCUACAGAUGAUUCUCCGGCUCAGCCUGCAGGCACAUUGGACCAACCACUGUAUGAAGUAAUACAGGAAGCUAUGCAACAACACAUGCAAGGCAUAGAAUUCCAAGAAAGGAAUGCUGGUCCACAGUUAGAUCAAAAUAUGAGGGAUGAAGGUUUUAGUGUGACUGUAGGUGUCGACCAUGAAACUGGUUUUGUCUUUGGAGGGAACCGCUUUAAUUGUGGCACAUGGAUGGAUAAAAUGGGAGAGAGUGAUAGAGCUCGCAACAAAGGAAUUCCAGCUACUCCAAGAGAUGGAUCUGCUGUGGAAAUUGUUGGCCUGUGUAAAUCAACUAUUCGUUGGCUGCUGGAGUUGUCAAAGAAAAAAGUGUUUCCUUAUCAGGGAGUCAACAUAAAAAGGCAUGGAAAAAAAGAAACCAUCACAUAUGACGAGUGGAACAGGAAGAUUCAAGGGCACUUUGAAAAGCUGUUCUUUGUCUCUGAGAACCCAGCAGAUCCUAAUGAAAAACAUCCAAAUCUGGUUCACAAGCGUGGCAUAUACAAGGACAGCUAUGGAGCUUCAAGUCCUUGGUGCGAUUACCAGCUCAGGCCAAAUUUUACUAUAGCAAUGGUUGUGGCCCCUGAGAUAUUCAGUCCUGAGAAAGCUUGGAAAGCUCUUGAGAUAGCAGAGGAAAAGCUGCUUGGUCCACUGGGAAUGAAAACGUUGGAUCCAGAUGAUAUGGUUUACUGUGGAGUAUAUGAUAAUGCCCUGGACAGUGACCACUACAAUGUUGCCAAAGGUUUUAAUUACCAUCAAGGACCUGAAUGGCUCUGGCCUAUUGGAUAUUUCCUUCGUGCAAAGUUGUACUUUUCCAGGUUAAUUGGUCCAGAGAUGUACGCAAAGACUGUGGUUUUGAUUAAGAAUGUUCUCUCUCGCCAUUACGUUCAUCUUGAGAGGUCAUCCUGGAAGGGGCUUCCAGAGCUGACAAAUGAAAAUGGGCAAUAUUGUCCAUUCAGCUGUGAAUCACAAGCCUGGUCAAUUGCUGUUAUCCUUGAGGUUCUUUAUGACUUGUAAAAGUUGGCUUUGAUUACUUGGUAAAAUUUGCUAUGUACUUGUAUUCAAAAGGUACAAAUGAACAGUUUGCUCAUACUGUAGUGAAAAUGUUUUGCACAGUCACUUAAAUAACUAUGGUCUGAUUUUUUUUCCAAAGGUGCUUAGUAUCUGUAUCUCCCAUUCACAGAAGAGGUAUUUAAGAGUGCUGCUCAGCACUUCUGAAAAUCAAGUCAUUAGUAUGAAUAUAUAUACACUUGAUACAGAAAAGCUUAUAAAGCAGCAGCUUGGAGAAUGUACACAAAUGCAUUUAAAAUAGCUUUUGAUUUGUAGACAUACUAAAUUAAACUAUAUCCUGUAUAGAAAGAUGUUAAAAGAAUAGUCUAGUUCCAAAUUAGAAUAUGAAUGCCAAGUGGUUCCAAAAAUCUGAGUUUAAACUCAUGGGGUUCUCUUUUCCAUAUUUUCUCUUAGUCAGUAGAUGCUAUGCACGCUCAUCAUGGGGGAGAAUAGAUUGUACAGGUAUAGGUAGUAUGAUGUGUUUUCUGCUGCAGUCAUGCAUUUCAUAGAUUGCACUUUCAUUAGUGUUUUGUCCCUCUGUGAUGAACUGUGUGGCUUUUCCUAACAAUUUCUUCUCUUCCGUGUUCAACUGAACACUCCAUUAAAAAAAUAAAGUUUUCACUCUUUACAGAUAA